AUGGCCAUGAACAGCAAUGAAUUUGAAGUCUGCGGCAUUUCGACAGAAGUAAGUUCGAUUUUAAUCUAUUUAUUAUGUCAGACAAGUUGUUCUUUUCAACUUUAAAGUGUAUAAAUUACUUUUAAAGAAGCCUUCUGAUAAGAUAGAAAGUCGUGGCUUUAAGGACUUUGAUCUUCGAAUAAACAUAUAUCAAAAACAAAGCCUUAUCAAGGAUUUUACAUGACAAGGAAUUAAAGACAUGAAUGGUAGAAACGUCGCUAGACAUGUACUUAUUGUAAGCUGUCUGUCUGAAGUAAUCUAAAUUUGAUUUGAGCGUAUUCCCCCGUUUUGACUGCCGUAUGUUACGCUCAACAUUUUGACAAAAAAAUUUGUUGAAAACUUUACUUCUCUGCACCUUACGAACAGUAAAUUUAUCAUCUACAAAAAUUGAGAUCCUGGCGGCUUUCGGAUCGAAAUCUCAGUUGUUUUUUUUUAGCUAGGAACUUAGAUAUACAUUUUAAAAGUACAUUUAAAAUUCUAGUCUUAACUUUUCCCCAUUUUCAUCAAACCCUCAAUAAAAAUAUCAAUCUUUUCAGCGUCUAAUCAACACAGUUCCAAUUGUCGGCAUCACUCUCUGCUGCACAUUCACAGUGUUCUACUGCCAGACGCGGGAGUUUAUUCUGAUCCUCCCAUUGAGUAUAUUUAUCUUAUGUUAUUGCCUAAUAAUUAUGGGAAUUCUAUUGGAAAAGCCGAAAAUCUUCCAAAUCCAUAUUUAUUGUAUGGUAAGUGGUUUUAUAAAAUACGGUACAUAGAAAACAUUUUAUUUUUUUCAAAAUUUUAAAAACCCUUAAAAAGCUCCAACUAUCAAUUAAUUUUACAGUUAGUCUCAAAUCGAUUUUUGUUUUGUCGUAAUGCCCGAAACUUUGUUGUUCAACAUUAAAAAAAAGAGCUUUGAUUACGAAUUCACAUGAUCUAGGGAAGUGUCCGUUUCUUGAACACCAAAUUAGCGUCAAAUGCCUCCCUUUUCCCAAUUAUAUUGACGGGAAAUUUAUCAAAUUAAGGGCUGUGAAAACGAUAAGUGAGGGUGGAGUGAGAUGGGAGGGGACUGGUGGAGAGGGUGGAAUCAGAGUGCGAAAUACAAAUUGGCGUUUCACUUUUCAAAGGGGAAACCCAGCGAUUGUGAAAUCGAAUUGAGACGGGACGCUCAUUGAAAUCUUGAACUUUAAUAAUCAAUUAGACAAGGGGAAAGCCUAAAAUGUUAGGGUGUUCCAUAAGUCUUGCGUAUUUUUGGGUCGUCGACUUUAAUCCUGUGAGCUUUGAGGCGCAUUACGAGAUAUGUUGAACAUAUGGUUUCGAAGCUAAAAAAUUGCGCUUUUAAACCAUGUAUAACAAGGCUGAAGAAAAAUCCACCUGCUGCCCGCCCUACCACAAUAUUGUACUAGACAUUAAAAAAAUUUAUUCGAUUAAGAAAGCAUUCUUUUCAGAAAUUCCUGAGCACGAUUCUCUUCUCCGGCCUGGUCUUCUACAUGUACAUGUUGAUCGCGGAUACCAAACGAAUCCACAAAACCACAAUCGCUAAAGCCAUUGUGAUUGAACAAAUUCGUCUAGGCACUUGUGUAUUGGCGAUAGUCGCCACCGCGAUACACAGAUUUAUGGUGAAGAUCGUUGUAAAGGAAAUGAACCGGAGAAAUCGGCAGAAACUUCUCAAAGAAAGCUACAUCUGGCUGCAGAAGUCGAUGGAAGUGAGUAGGACGACUUCUAUUCCAUCGCUGAUCGUCUCGGUGCCAACAGAAUCAACGGAUGUGAAAUGGGUAUAA